UCGCCCCGCGCGCUCAUUUGGAGGGAGAGCGGGAGCCCGCGGGAUGGCGGCGCCGACCAUGAAGGAGCGGCAGGUCUGCUGGGGCGCCCGGGACGAGUUCUGGAAGUGCCUGGACGAGCACGCGGACGACGCCUCCCGGUGCCAGGCGCUGCGACGCUCCUUCGAGGCGAGCUGCCCGCAGCAGUGGAUAAAGUAUUUUGACAAAAGAAGAGACUACUUAAAAUUUAAAGAGAAAUUUGAAGCAGGACAGUUCCAGCCUCCAAACACCUCUGCCAAGUCCUAGGCUGCCCUGGCCUCUCCGAAAGGGAACAGAAAAGAUUCAGGAAGGGUAAGUGACUGUCUCCAAGCCAUACAUCCGGUAAGCGGCCGGACUGAGAUCAAGAUGUGACGAGAUGCCCAAGUCAGCGGGCGGCAGACGGGGCCCAGCGGGAGCAGGCCGGCCCCCAUCUCCUUGGACAACUGCCCAUCCGCCUGCCCCACAGCUGCCCAGUUCUGGGCGAGACUCUGACCCCACAGUCCUCCCCCGCGCCCCAUCCUUCUCUUCAGAACCGCACUUCCUGCGGGUAACUGAACGUUGCUCAGUAGCAGGUAGAAAGCAUCAUCUCCUCGUGUAAAUGUAUGUAUUAUGUGUAUUUAUUUUAAAGAAGAAUGUAUCUUUUAAGAGCAGAAAAGCUCAUUUCAGCCCCCGUGUUGGGCUGUAAAGUGGAGCGUGCGUCUGGGUUAGACCUGGUUUGGUCCCACCUUCACUGGUCACUACUUCCUAGACGCCGCCACCGUGGUGUCCGCAGUACGGAGCCCACAGCAGGCACCCUCCACGCAACCAGCUGCCGAGGAUCGGGGGCUGGCGGGCUCUCUAACCAAGUGGCAUAUGAAACUUUAAACAUUACAGCAUCACAUUAAAGUACGGAAGGGAAGAAUCGUCACUGGGUCAGGUAACCAGUUUCUGGCUUAUUUCCACAAUCCCUAACUGCCUUCGCAUUCUUCGUUAAAGAGUGUUCUGAGUGACUUCACUUUUAAGAACUGAAGUAUAUGUAAGUGCUAAGCAGAUUACUUCCUCGUUUUCAAAGAGCAACAUGACAGCCUCCACUGCACAGUUUAUUCACACGGAGCCCUUAUGCUAAAGGUACAACUGCAGGGACCACUCACCUGGUCGAAGUGGGGGAAAA